AUGGAGAAAGAUGCGUAUGCUAAUUCGAUAAUGGCUGUACUUCCAUGGAUGUUUGUUUACUCGACAAAGAAAUUUGACUUCCGUGGAUGCGAAUUUGGUGGAUUGCAGACCAUCAACGGCGUCCUCCGCCACGUGGACCUCCGCAGAGGAUCCAACGGCUGGGCCUCUCCACCCGGCGACCUCUUCAACCUCCGCUCCAAAGGCUACUUCACCCGCGCCCCAAAAAACCCCGUCGGGCCGUACCUCCUCCAACCCGCCGGCGUCGACUGGCUCCGCUCCACAUCCCGCCUGGACAACGUCCUGGGCCGGCCCGAUAACAGAAUCCGCAGGGCCCAGGCCGAAGCCCAAACCCUGAAGUCCUUCAUUUUCGCCGUCAAUCUCCAAAUCCCAGGCCGCGAUUGCCACUCCGCCGUCUUCUACUUCGCCGCCGACGAGCCCAUCUCGCCUGGGUCCCUCCUCUACCGCUUCGUCAACGGCGACGACGCGUUCCGCAAUUCUAGGUUUAAGAUCGUGAACAGGAUCGUCAAGGGGCCGUGGAUCGUGAAGGCGGCGGUGGGGAAUGCGGCUUGUUUGCUGGGGAAGGCGCUGACGUGCCGCUACCACAGAGGGGAGAACUACCUGGAGAUCGACGUCGACAUUGGGAGCUCGGCGAUAGCGAACGCGGUGCUGCAUCUGGCUCUUGGGUACGUGACGGCGGUCACGAUCGAUAUGGGGUUUGUUGUGGAGCGCAGCGAGGAGGAGGAGUUGCCGCAGAGAUUGAUCGGGGCGGUGAGGAUCGCGCAGAUGGAGAUGAGCUCUGCGACUUUUGUGGAGACCCCGGCGGCCGCGUCGAAGGCGCGCGGUGGCGGGAAAGGGGACUGCGAAGGUGAAUGACGCGGAGAGAUUGAGGUGGAUACUAGACAACAAUAAAUGGGAAAACUGAAAGGGAAAAAUAAAAUAAAAUUCUUGUUAGGUCAUUGUAAUUGUCAUCGUCAAUUACGAAGCUUAUAUUUGAACCUUUGGAGCCAGUGACAGAUAGCGCUUUAAUUGUCGUUGUCAAUUAUGAAGCUUAUUAUAUUUGAACCUUUGAAGCCGGUGACAAAUUGUGCUGAUAUUGAAUUUAUCAUUCUGCUUUA